UUUUGGCUUUGUUUUUCGUUUUCCUUAGUUUUUACUGUAAUAAACACCAUUGACAUACAUUCCCAUAGAAGAAACGCUAGAUGGGUAAUGGGGUGGUGAUGAAUCCUGAUCAGCCUUGGAGGAAGAGAAAGAGGCGUGAUGGUUUUUCUAUUUCUGAGAUUCUCAACGUGUGGAAACAACACAAUGAAGAAGGGAAAGCAACGAGUAGAAACCCUCCUGCAAAGGGUUCGAAAAAGGGUUGUGUGAAAGGGAAAGGAGGACCUGAAAAUCAGAGCUGUAAGUAUAGAGGUGUUAGGCAGAGGACUUGGGGUAAGUGGGUGGCUGAAAUUCGAGCACCUAAAAGUAGGGCUGGUAGGCUUUGGCUUGGUACUUUUCCUACUGCUUUCCAGGCCGCCAUGGCUUAUGAUGAAGCUGCUAGGGUCUUGUAUGGCGAUUCUGCAAUCCUCAAUCUCCCACUUGUUUCUUCGGGUUGUCUAUCUUCAGGUGAAACGAUAUUGGAUCUGGUUUCAUUGGUAACGUUAAACCUGAAUGAGGAAACUCCUUCGACAGUGGAGAAUGAAAUUCAAAACAUCAGGCCUUAUUGGGAUGAAAAAUGUGACACUGAUAUCAUAGCUGAAUUAAAAAAAGAGCUGAUUAUACCAGAGUCUGAAACUAAAGAUGACCCUUUGAAGGACUCAAAUUUUAGCUGGCUUAAUGCACUGGAUUUAGAUGAAAUUUGUGGCUGGAAUAAUGGUGGAUUGGAAUCUGAAAGUGGCAAUAGUUGCUCAAAGGAAUCUUCCUUAGUUGCAACUCUUUUGAAUGAAGGUGAAUCUAGAAUGAAUCUACUUGCUCGGGAUACUGAAGCUUCCUCAACAAGUGGCAAAAAGAAGCUGAGAGGAGAGCAUAAAUUUCGAGAUGGCAGAGCUAAUUGGGAAUACGAUUACAAUUGUGAUAUCAUAUCUGGAGUGAACAAGGAGCUGUUUGUACCAGAAUCUGGAACUAAAGAUGACCCUUUAAAUGAAUCAGUUUUUUGCUUGCUUGGUGGACUGGAUUUUGAUGAAAUCAGUGGCUGGAAUAAUGAUGGAUUGGAACCUGCAGGAGGCAAUAAUGGUGGAUUGGCCCUUUCGAAUGUAGGUGAAUGUAGAAUGAAGCUUGUCAAGGAUACCGAUGCUCCAUCAACCAGCAGUGGCACAAUGAAGUUGAGAGAAGAGAAUAAAGUUCAAGAUGUCAGGGCUAAUUGGCAAUGCAAUGACAAGUGUGAUAUCACAUCUGGAGUAAAUAAGGGAGCUGAUUAUACCAGAGACAGGAACUAAAGUUGACCAU